AUGCAAUCAGAUAUCUUCGAUACAAUUUUAUGGGACUCCCAAAGUUCGACUGCAGCCAUUCGGAAACCGGCCGAGAAUGCACCAGUUAAAAACUACACAGCAUCGGAGAUCACCUGUAACAUCAAUACAUCGAAAGCUACCCAAACCAUCGCCAUUGCCGCGGGCAGUAUGAUAACCAUGGCGCUAGGAGAGAAUAAAACCAUUUAUCAUCCCGGACCGAUGUCUAUUUACCUGGGCAAGGCACCUGGAAAAGUUGUUGACUGGGAUGGAACAGGAAAGCGAUGGUUCAAGAUUGCUGAAUGGGGCCCAACUUUGAAUCCAUUUGGAUUUAAUAAUAUACUCGGAAAAAGUAAAUUCACUGUAAAGAUUCCUAAAGAGGUCCCUUCUGGAGAGUACCUGGUCCGGACUGAGCAGAUCGCGCAGCACAUUCCGGGUUAUCCUGAGUUCUUUGUGUCCUGUGCACAGCUCAAGAUUACCGGAGGAGGUACAGGGAGUCCAUCAAAAGUUUCGAUUCCAGGCCAUCUCUCUAGAAAAAAUGACCCCGACCUGUUUGUUGAUAUCUAUUGGCCAGUACCCAAGAAAUACAAGGCAAGGAAGAAUUUUUACAAAUUGGCAUUUGAUGGACUAACCGCGCAUUUGUUAGGUUCCGGGUCCGCCCGUGUACCCAGGAUUUUCGAAGUGAUACCACCUCUAAGUUGUCAAGUGUAA